ACUGAUAUGUGACACGUAUUAAUGCCAAAAUAACAGGCAAAACAGGCAAAAAACCUGCCCUGAAUGAACCUGCCCUGUAUGACGGGUCGCCACUGGUCGGAACUAGAAAACUCAGACAUUUCCGACUGGCCAGAGAACGCGGCACGGGUAGCGAGAGUUCUGCACUCACUGACCAAAAAAAAAAAAAAAAAAGGAAGAGCAAUUUUGGAAUCCAGACAAGCCGCUCCACCUGAUUGGCUAGACUCUCACCUAUUAUACAAUCCCUGACCAAUACCAUGUGAGUGCCCUUGAGAUAUAAACGUGAUACGAGGAGGUAAUAUGUAAAUAAAUGUUCCGUGUUAAAGAGAUGACAGAUUAUGUGUCAAUGUUAUUUUCGUAAUGCGCUGUUUAGGAACAUAACUAAUGUACAGGCAGUUCUUAUUAAAAAAAGGAAUCACAGAUUCUAUUGUUUUUCUAAAUAAAUAACAAUUCUAUAGCCUGUUUUAAAUCAAGUGUAGGCCUAUUACAACAGCUCAGUACACAGCUGUUAGAUCUAUGUUUGAAAAAAAAUAUUAGGCCUAUAAUGGUUUGAAUCAUUUGAUGUUUCAUAGCAUAUUCUUUCUAGAAUACUAAAUGUGGAUCUUGUAGGCCUAUUAUUAUCGAAUGUGUUAUUUGCAAAGGCACACAUUAGUGAGACAUUUAAAAAAAUUAACUGAAUGGGUGAAAUAAUUUCGAUAAAAACAUGGUCUCAUACAGAAAUUCGGCUUCGUAACCUGUGGAGAGCAUGUUUGAAAUGGCCCAAGUGCAUAAUAAACAACUUCACAAGUUUAGUAAUAACUUCUGUUCAGCUUUUUUGAAGAUGCAGAUACAGUAAACAACAGCCCAAGACGUACGACCUGAACUUGUUGUCCUACCAUAAACACUUGACUUGAGAUAAACAUAGCAUGAUGUGUGACUCACUACGCAAUUUGACGGUAUGGGUGAGCUGCAGCGCGCAAGACGAGCCUAUAAAUUGAGGAGCGCUUUGGUAAAAGUGCAGUACCCUGAAACAGCAAGGAGCAAAGCACAACAACAGGAUUAACAAAUUGAGGAUUAACUUUAAUUUUUGCUGUCAUAUAUUGGAUUACAUUUUUUCUACAAAAUUCCAAGAGGUAGUGGCAUGCUGCUUUGCUGUCUCCAGGAAGAUUUUAUGGACCAAGGCAUUUCAUCAGGAAAACACCUCCAAACAAGAAGUUUACCUGUGAAAGAGACUUGAAGAUAUUCCUCAUCAAUAUCACUCACUGACAGAGUUGCUCAGCAGGCUGAUCCUCGUUGCUCUACUGUUGAGUUGGUUGUCUUGAACUCAAGCAACACAUCUCCGGCGCAGCUAUGGUUGGAAUAAAACCCACAGACCUGGCACCAACAACGGCUGUCAAGUUUGUUGGUGCAGGCACAGCAGCCUGCAUCGCUGACCUUGUGACCUUCCCCUUGGAUACGGCCAAAGUCAGACUACAGAUUCAAGGGGAGGCUCAGUUGGGGCAUGGGGCACAGGCUGUGAGGUAUCGGGGUGUGUUUGGUACCAUCACCACCAUGGUGCGUACGGAGGGGGCCAGGAGCCUCUACAACGGGCUGGUGGCAGGGCUCCAGAGGCAGAUGAGCUUCGCCUCCGUCCGUAUCGGCCUCUAUGACUCCAUGAAGCAGUUCUACACUCGUGGCUCUGACAGUGCUAGCAUCGUUACUCGGCUCAUGGCAGGCUGCACCACCGGAGCAAUGGCUGUGAUGUUUGCUCAGCCCACAGACGUGGUCAAGGUGCGUUUCCAGGCUCAAGUACGUCUGGCUGACGGGGUGAAGAGAUACAACGGCACUAUGGACGCCUAUCGGACCAUCGCCCGAGAUGAAGGGGUGCGGGGCCUUUGGAAAGGCUGCAUGCCGAAUAUAACGCGCAAUGCCAUUGUGAAUUGUUGUGAGUUGGUCACCUACGACAUCAUCAAGGAACUCAUACUGAAGUACGACCUAAUGACAGAUAACCUUCCAUGCCACUUCACGGCUGCACUCGGUGCAGGGUUCUGUACCACCAUUGUUGCAUCACCAGUAGAUGUGGUCAAGACCAGAUUCAUGAACUCCACGUCAGGCCAGUACGGCAGUGCAAUGAACUGUGCCUACACUAUGCUGACUAAGGAGGGGCCAACAGCCUUCUACAAGGGGUUUGUGCCCUCCUUCCUGCGACUGGGGUCCUGGAACAUUGUGAUGUUUGUGUCUUAUGAGCAGAUCAAGAGGGCUAUGAUGAGAGCAAAGACCUCCUGGGAGUCACCAUUCUGAUUUUUUGUUCUUUUUAUAAUGUUUUUCUGGACUGAGCCUUGCAGGCACGAAGGCUUCACAACAGCACAGUGGAAAUCACGCCUGUUCUCCCCUAGGGUCUCAUGACAUGGAAUUCUGGAGUGGGCUUCUAACAGUGGUGACACAUAUUACUUUUUAAAGCCAGAGAGGCAGAUAUGUAGGAUUCACAGGAGGUUGGUGGCAACUUAAUUGGGGAGGACGGGCUCCUGGUAAUGGCUGGAGCAGAAUCAGAGGAAUGGUAUCUAAUACAUCCAACACAUGGUUUCCAUGGUUUGAUGCCAUUCCAUUUGUAGUCCCCUGUAGCUCAGUUGGUAGAGC